AUGAUGUACUCUGUAUCUCAGGAAAUGAGCCCUGUGCUGUACCCGUACGCACGGCUUGCGGGGGAUACGGUAGCUCCUCGAAAUGACGAAGGAGGAGAGAUGAUAUCUCUGUCCAUAGCAUUGCCAUACUUCGACCGUCUGCACAACUCUCUAUGGGUGAACACCAAUGGGGUGAUAUCAUUUUUGGACGAGCUUUGGCAGUACACCCCUGAUCCCUUUCCAUUGGGUGACGGAAGGCGCUUGAUAGCUCCCUUCUGGGCCGAUGUAAACACAUGGCUAGGAGGGCAUGUGACGUACCGUGAGACAACGGACAGUGACAUUCUUGAACGCGCCACGACAGAUGUCACCAUGGCCUUCCCUGAGCUACAUAACUUUCAGGCGACAUGGGUGUUCAUCGCGACUUGGCAUCGAGUGUCUUUUUAUUAUAGCACAAGUAACAAGAGAAACACUUUCCAGGCAGUCCUGGUGUCAAACGGCAGAUACGCAUUUACCAUUUUCAACUACGGCGACAUCACAUGGACCUCGGGUACAGAUAGUGGAGGAGAUCCAGAAACGGGUUUGGGAGGAAUACCUGCUCAGGUUGGAUUCAAUGCCGGUAACGAUGUAGACUACUUUUCUGUCCCCGCCUCGCGAACUGAUGCCAUUGUAGACAUUGAGGAAACAUCAAAUGUCAACCUUCCAGGCCGCUGGGUGUUCCGCAUAGACAGCGCAGUCAUUCAGGAAGGUGGAUGCCACGAAGAAGGUAUGUUGUAA